AGUGCGUAUUCGACGUGCGCAUGGAAGGAAGCGCUGUGGGCUGCAUUACAAUGAUCUGAUCUCUUUCUGUUCUGCUAGCUGUUGGAUAUAUGACUAACAGAAUGAUAUCGGACAACCACAAUCUAACGUUGCAUUUGUGAAGAUAUCAAAGCAUUCGAAUAAAAUAUUUUAGCGUCAACUAAUAGACCAAAGAGCGGUUAUGAUGUGUAACAGUAGUCACGGCACCCAGCUAUACCUGGAGGUGCCGUCGUCAUGUCUGCCUAUCGUCUACUCUCCAGUAUACAACAUCACCUUCAUGGGCCUUGAGAAACUACACCCCUUCGACAGUGGGAAGUGGGGGAAAGUCAUCCACUUCCUAAAAGAGGAGAAGUUGAUCAGUGAUGGGAGCAUCGUUGAGGCACGGGAGGCUACAGAGGAAGACCUGCUGGUGGUUCACACAAAACGCUACCUCAACAGACUCAAGUGGUCCCUGGUUGUAGCGACCAUCACAGAGAUCCCUCCCCUCCUAUGCCUACCUAACUUCCUGGUUCAGAGACGGGUCCUGAGACCACUCAGAACGCAGACCGGAGGCACCAUCAUGGCAGGGAAACUGGCUGUAGACCGAGGCUGGGCCAUCAAUGUAGGUGGAGGUUUCCAUCAUUGCUCCAGUGACAAAGGAGGAGGAUUCUGUGCCUAUGCCGACAUCACCUUAGCUAUCAAGUUUCUGUUUGAGAGGGUGGAGGGAAUCUCCAGAGCCACCAUCAUAGAUCUGGAUGCACACCAGGGGAACGGUCAUGAGCGUGACUUCCUGGAUGACAGACGUGUUUUCAUCAUGGAUGUCUACAACCGAUACAUCUACCCUGGAGACGGAUACGCAAAGAGAGCCAUAAAGCGUAAGGUGGAGCUGGACUGGGGGACAGAGGAUGAUGAGUACCUCCAGAAGGUAGAGCUCCACUCGGAGGGUGCUCUCAAUGAGGUCCGGCCUGACAUCAUAGUAUACAACGCCGGGACAGACAUCCUAGACGGAGACCCCCUGGGAGGGCUGGCUAUCUCACCACAGGGCAUCAUAAAGAGGGAUGAAAUAGUGUUCCGGGCAGCACGAAGGAGAGGGAUUCCCAUCCUGAUGGUGACAUCUGGUGGAUACCAGAAGAAGACUGCUCGCAUCAUCGCUGACUCCAUCAUCAACUUGCGACGCCAGGGCCUGAUUGGAGGGAAUGAGGAUGGGGAGGUGGCAGAGGAGUGUGUGGGCGGAGUCCCCCUCGUGAUGAGCAGCUCUGACUCCUCCCCUUCCUCUGUGUCAACAGGACCAGCCCCCAACACCAUCUGACUGGAACUGAACAUGAGUUGGAUCUUAGGGUCCAGAGAUUCUCCUGGAACCGUAGGACACUAGAGGAAAAAUAUUAUGCUCGGGAAUAGAGUGCCUUUUCAGACUUCCCCACGAUCUUACUGAUGCCCAAGGUGACUGUGGCAGGGGUCGGUAAGGGUACAAGGUUGGUCGGGUAGCCUAGUGGUUAAGAGUGUUUGGCCAGUAAUUUGAAUCCCUGAGCUGGCUAGGUGAAAAAUCUACCGAUGUGCCCUCGAGCAAAGCACUUAACACUAGUUGCUCCUGUAAGUCUAUGGAUAACAGUGUCUGUUAAAUUACUAAAAUGUAAAUGUCUGAGACAUUCUGUAGUGGUACGGGUUGUUUUGAGACAUUCUGUAGUGGUACAGGGUUGGACUGAGACAUUCUGUAGUGGUACAGGGUUGGACUGAGACAUUCUGUAGUGGUUCGGGGUUGGACUGAGACAUUCUGUAGUGGUAUGGGGUUGG